CCGGGGGACGCUGAAGGCGCCUUUUGCAGCCCAUACAUGUCAACAAGGAGGAGGGGAGAAAGCAAGAGGCUCCGCUUCUAUUAAAUACAUUUAUUGCGCAAAUAUAUAUAUAUAACGCUGGAUUUGUGAGACAAUACGUUUCUUUCAUUCUCUGUUCAACGACCUGUAACGUGUAUUUCUAUCGACAUGGCUCCGUUCAGCCUGGUGACAGCCAGCGUUAGCUGGUUGGCUAAGUCCUUCGGUGUUUUCUCCAGCACAAGGUGUACCAGUGUUCUCCCAGCUGCAUGCCUCCACCCAGUUAGAUGCCUGACCUCUCAGGCCAGCGCACCCCCAAAGAAACCUCUGAAUGGAUACCUGAGAUUUAUCAUGCAACAGAAGCCGGUCCUGACCAGACACAAUCCAGAAAUCAAAUCUGUGGAUAUCGUCAGGAAAAUUGCCCAGCAGUGGAGAACUCUGAGCGCUGAACAAAAACAGCCUUUUGAGGAAGCCUCUUUGCGGGCAAGGGAGCAGUUUAAGGUGGACCUCCAGCGCUACAAUGCCCAGCUGACCCCAACACAGAUCCAGCAACAAGCCCUGGAGAAGAGACAGAGGAUGGCCAAGAGGAAGGCCCUCCGCAAGAAGAGGGAGUUGACUAACCUCGGGAAGCCCAAGCGUCCUCGCUCUUCAUUCAACAUUUACAUGUCGGAGCACUUUGAGGAGGCCAGAGGAGCCACCACACCGGCAAAGAUGAAGUCGCUGAUGGAGGACUGGAGGAAUCUGUUGAUUCAUCAGAAACAGGUUUAUGCACAGCUGGCAGAGGAUGACAAAAUUCGCUAUAAAAAUGAGAUGAAGUCGUGGGAGGAUCACAUGAUGGAGAUUGGACGAGAAGACCUCAUCCGAGAGCAGACCCUUUCCAACAAGAAAAGAACUGCUGCAAAGACGGCUAAAGCUAAAGUAGUAAAGAAGGCAGCUGCCACAGGGAAGUCAAAAACAACCAGGAAGACCGCAAAGAGUAGCUCUGUGAAAACAGUUAGGACUAUUAGGAAGAUAUAAGAGGUGUUUAUCUCACCAAAGGGAAAAAUUUGUGACAGCUGAAGCAUAAGUUGUGAUGAGGCUCGGUUUCACCCAACUUCAAACUCACAAGCUUCCCAGUUGGCAUGAAUGCUUGUAGGUAGAACAAGAAAACAACCAUUACAGCAUCUUUAAAUCCUUGUCACAUGUGUUCAGUAAAAAGUACACCAAAUAAACCUUGAUUCCAGGAUCUUUACUAGCAUCCAAAUGAUGUAUGAGUGAGAUUGAGAGUGGAGGAAGUAAAGUGAGGAGUCACACUGUUUAUACAUUACUGUUUUAACGCUAUGACGCUUAAGUAGUAUGAAGCUUACUGGUGCACUCCCAAAAUAAACUUCAUUUUCUUCAUUUUGCUAUUUCAUAAAACAUUGUUAUUCUUCAACCAACCAUCGGUUAGGUAAUGUCUAAACACAUACUAUGUGGCCAUAUCAGGGCCCGCCGCUACGGAAGGCAUACACCUUUAGAAGUACCCAACUGAUUUAUUGUAUACGAAGAGGCUCAGCAAGCAUUGCAAUUUGUCGGUGUACUAGUAGUGAAGUCAGAAGCAAAACAGGCCAUCCAAUAAUUGUAAGGAACCUGAGCGAGUGCAUGACAUCACAUAAACAUAAACCUGUGAAGUGCAGACGAGACCCUGGCUCCCAUUGGUGCUCCCAUUUGUUUGUCUUGCAGCUUUUUGUGUGGCAUUACCUCACAGUCACAACCUCAAACUGUGAAAUACUACUUUGUGUCAUUUACGGCACGAGUAACAUCUGAAUGACUCAUUUGUUUUUAAGUUCCAAAUUCUCCAUUUUUCAUAUGAUUGUUCACAUAUCACAUGUUCUUGUUUUGUUAACGUCUGGUGAUACUAUGUUUCUUCCCACUGCUCGUUCAUCCAAUUGAUUAAAUGGCAUACCUUCCUUUAUACUCAUCAGCCAAUGUGUUAUUAAUCCUGUCCAGUCCACUAUUUUCCUAGUCCUCAUUUUUGUAAUGAACACACCUGUAGAUUAAGAACAACCAACUGUGACUAUUAACGGUUGCUUUUGCUACCAGAAUGUAUGUAGAUCCACCAGUGUUUACUACACUGUGCACAUGUGCUGUGUAUUUACUGAAUAAAGAUGUACAUACACCUUUC